AUGGAAGGUGAUUCUACACAAAAGACUUCGGCCCCAAUCCAAUGUGCCAACAACUGUGGUUUCUUUGGAAAUCCACUGACAGCAAAUAUGUGCUCCAAAUGCUAUAGAGACUAUUAUCCAAAGUCAGAAGAAAAGCCAUUGCAACAGACAAACAAUAGCACGGAUAAUAAGACCGAAACGGCUAGCACAGAGGACCCUGCCGCAGACGACAAGAAGGUACAGGUCGACACAACUCGAUGUUUCAGCUGUACCAAGAAGGUCGGAUUGCUCGGUUUCAAAUGUCGAUGCGACUAUGUAUAUUGUUCCACCCACCGAUACGCCGAUAAGCACGAGUGUUCCUUUGACUACAAGACCGCCGGCAAGGCAGCUCUAGCCAAGGCCAAUCCAGUUAUCGCUGGGUCAAAGAUCAAUAAGAUAUAG